AUGAAGAUCCUCUUCUUCUGUACGGCGCACAACUCGCUCUCGCAGCGGCUCUUCCUCGUUCUAUCGCGGAAGCAUUCCAUCACCGUUGAAUAUGCCUUGUGUGCAGAGAAGAUGAUUGAGGCGGCCGAUUUGGUCAAGCCACAUCUCAUCAUCUGCCCCUUCCUCACGUCUCUGGUGCCGCAGCAGGUCUACGAGACGUAUCUGACCCUCAUUGUACACCCCGGGCCUCCGGGGGAUGCCGGCCCAAGUGCCCUCGACUGGAUGCUGAUGGGUGACGACGGCACCGUGGCAGACAGUCAACAAUUACUGCGCGAUAACCGCUUCAACCCCGUAGGAAGAAGUCACUGGGGCGUCACCGUUCUGCAAGCCAUUGCCGAGUUUGAUAAAGGCCCCGUGUGGGCCUUUGAUCAGUUCCCCGUCAACAUCAAUGACACCAGCACAACCAAGUCGAGCCUGUAUAGGGGUCCAGUGACACAGGCUGCUGUUGCCGCAACGCUGGCUGCCAUUGAUAGAAUCGAAGCCGCCGCGUCUUUGGCAUCUACCCCCUUUGGAGCGCCUCUGUCGCCUCCUACAACUCCGAAGCCCGAUGGUACCAGCUCGAGCGUGGCGGGAGACACCUCCCCCGGUCUCUCUGCAGACAAGGAGUUUGCACAACUGUCAGUCACCACGUCGGAGCCGUUCCUCGGCGGCAAAACACAUCAUAGGCCGCUCCUCAAGGCAUCGGACAGACACUUUGACAUCAGGAAGCACACCGCCUCGACGAUAUCUCGAAGGAUCCGCAGUGCCGACUCCCAGCCCGGCUGUCUGAGCGACCUGUUUGGCCCCAAGCUCUAUCUGUACGGUGGCAUCAUUGAGAACCCGACCCUGCUCUCCUCCAACAGAGGUCACAUUGCACCGGGCAGCAUCAUUGCCGUCCGGGACGAGGCAGUCUGCGUUGCCACCUGUGACAACAAAGGCAUCUGGAUCACACACGUGAGACGAGUCAAGACCAAGACGGACGCUGCGUUGUGGCCAAAGGUCCCUGCCGCGUUGGGCCUCAAGCAGCUUGGUGUUUCUACCGGCAGCCCGUCGACAUGGUUCCAUUCGCUGCUCCCCCAGACACAGUCGGAGGAGUGGGCAAAGUCGUACCACGACACCUUCCAGGAGAUUUGGGUAGACUUCGUGACCGAUGGCCACAAACGGCUUGCCUAUUUGUACUUUGACUUUUACAACGGCGCCAUGAGCACAGAACAGUGCAGGCGCAUGGUCCGGUGUCUCGAGUACAUCCUAUCCACGGCCACGGGCCCGAACCAGAGCCUGCCCCUGGCGGCCGUGGUGCUCAUGGGCGGCAGCUCGUACUUCAGCAACGGCAUCCAUCUCAAUGUCAUCGAGUCGGCUGCUGACCCUGCGCUGGAGUCGUGGUACAACAUCAACGCCAUCGACGACGUUGUCGAGAAGCUGCUCCUGGACCUGCCCGCCCGUGGCGUCACCACAAUCUCGGCCAUCAGGGGCAACUGCGCCGCUGGCGGCGUCGCGCUGGCGGCCGCCUGCGAUGUCGUCGUAGCGGGAGAGCACGCCGUGUUGAAUCCGGCGUACAGGGCGCUGGGAUUGUACGGGUCUGAGCUGCACAGCGUCAGCUACCUCGGACGCUGCGGCGCCGAGGGAGCCAAGACGGCUCUGCGGUCCAUGACGCCACUGAGCGCAGACGACGCCCAAGGCAUGGGUCUCGUCGACCACGUCCUGCGCGUGGCCCCCGAGGCUCUCGACUCCGCUGUGCGAGCUCACGUCGAGGGCCUGUUCCCUCGCGGCGGCAAGCGUGGCCUGGCGCCGUCGGCCAAGGCCGGCUCUUGGAAGCGCAACGUGGACACGUCUCCAGCGGGCUUGGCCCUCGCCCGCGCGGCUGAGCUGGGCCAGAUGUCGAUGGACUUUUGGAGUGCCCGCUCCGAGAGGUACCACUCUCGCCGGAGGGACUUUGUGCGCAAGGUGAGGCCGUCGUCGACGCCGCUGCGGUUUGCGACGCACCGAAGGGAGAAGGGCAUGAUGGAUGAAGAAGAGCAGGACACGUUCGACUCGGUCGAGUGGUUUGUGGAGAAGACCAUGUGCAGUCUGAGGAAGGACAUUUCAGACAGAAUGGUUCGGUUGAUCAAGGACUUUUCCAGCGGUGAAAAAGGGACCAUGGCGCCGCGCCCAAGCGCCGAUCCCGCACCAGCCACAGCAAACGGCGACUCUCCUCCCGCCAGAAUCGGCCCUCACCCCGGCUUCAUCUCCAGCUCGAACCAAUACAGCUCCGAAAUCAAGAUCCGCCGCAUGCUCAAGGACAAUGGCUGCGAUCCCGCGCGAGAGGACAACUACCGCCUCCAGGGCGUCCAGCUGAUCAACAACUUUCGGUUAAACUUUCGCGACGCCGAGUACAGCCACCAAGAUGCCGCUCUGGCGUCGUUGUUCGUCGCGUGUAAAGUCGAAGACACCAUCAAAAAGUCCAAGGACAUUCUAGCCGCCGCGUACAAUGUCAAGAACCCCGAAAAGACGGUCGCCCCCGACGACAAGAUGUUCGAAGCGCCCGGGAAAAUCAUCAUUGGGCUGGAGCGCUUCAUCCUCGAGACGAUAGGCUUCGACUUCCGCACGCGGUACCCGCAGAAGCUGCUCGUCAAGGUGGUGCGGCGCGCGCUGGGCAAGUCGUCGGCCAACUCGCGCGACUUCUUCGCCACCGCGUACGACAUGUGCAUCGACAUGUACAAGACGUUUGUGCCCAUCAAGCAGACCACCUUCUCCAUGGUCAUGGCCGUCGUGGAGCUGACGGCGCGCAUGCGCGGCGAGCACCUCGAGCGCGUGCAGGACUUCGCCGCCGGCAGGAAGCAGUACAGCCGGGACGCCGUCAUGGAGACCAUGCUCGACCUGCUCGACCUGUACGUGCAGCACCACAAGUCGACCAGGAUCGGCGCCCGCUUCGACCUCGGCAAGUUCAUCGACAUCAAGAUCCGGCUCAACACCGACCUGGACAGCACCGCCAAGCCGAGGUACCUGUACCACUGCCACAGGUGCGAGGUUGAGGAGGCGCACCCGCUCUCGUCGACGACGGCGUCGGCUACGGACCCGACGACGGCGUCGAACCCCUGGCCGGCGGAUGCGUCGAUCCGGCGGACGGCGCGCGGUCAGGACGGCACGAUGCGCUUCGUGUUUGACCCCGAGGCGGCCAAGGACGAGCAGGAGACGGUUAGUCAGUUCUUCAAGGAUGAGUAUGAAGAGUACGAGGUGGAAGUCGAGGAGCCUGUCCCGCCGCCAGACAGAGACGAGGCGCCGCGUGGGAGGGGAGGAUACCGCGGCGGCUACAGAGAUAGGGGGGAUCAUAGGCGCGGCGGACCGUAUGGCGCAUAUCGUGGAGAUAGGUAUCAUUGGGGACGGGGGCGAUAUCACUAA